CCGCGCUCCGCCCGGGGUCGGGCGUUUAUAGCUCGGCGCUGGCCGGCCCCCGGCGGCUGCGGGGCGCGGGGUCGCGAUGUCAGGGCUGCAGGCGGGUGCAGAGCAGCAGCGGCGGGAGGAGUCGAGCGCGUGGGCCUCGUCACCCGCUCGCUUCGUGCUAGGACUGGACGUGGGCAGCACCGUGAUCCGCUGCCACGUCUAUGACCGGACGGCACGGGUGCGAGGCUCCAGCGCGCAGAAGGUGGAAAAUGUGUACCCUCAACCUGGCUGGGUUGAAAUCGAUCCUGAUGCUCUCUGGGUUCAGUUUGUCACCGUAAUAAAAGAUGCUGUCAAAGCUGCAGGAGUACAGAUGAGUCAGAUUGUUGGUCUUGGCAUGUCCACGCAGAGAGCCACUUUCAUUACGUGGAACAAGAAAACAGGACAUCAUUUUCACAACUUCAUUAGUUGGCAAGACCUAAGGGCAGCUGAACUUGUAAAAUCCUGGAAUAAUUCUCUUGUACUGAAGCUAUUGCAUGGUGCCUGCCGGGUCCUUCACUUUUUCAGUAGAAGUAAACUAAUGUCCACAGUCAGUCGCUUCAGUUUCACCACCCAGCAUGUCACCUUGAGAUUGGCCUGGAUUUUACAAAACCUGUCUGAGGUGCAGAAGGCAGUUGAGGAAGACAACUGCUGCUUUGGGACUAUUGACACUUGGCUCUUACACAAGCUCACAAAAGGUUCUUCGUAUGCCACGGAUUAUUCAAAUGCCAGUACAACUGGAUUUUUUGAUCCAUUUGGGAUGUGUUGGAGCAAGCUCAUGACCUCCAUAGUUUCCAUACCGCUCUCGAUCCUGCCUCCUGUGAAGGACACAAGCUAUAAUUUUGGAUCAGUGGAUGAAGAGAUAUUUGGUGUGCCUAUACCAGUUGUUGCCUUGGUUGGUGACCAGCAGUCGGCCAUGUUUGGAGAGUGCUGCUUCCAGACAGGAGAUGUGAAAUUAACCAUGGGAACUGGGACAUUUUUGGAUAUUAAUACAGGAAGCAGCCCUCAACAUAGUAAUGGAGGCUUUUAUCCACUAAUCGGAUGGAAGAUUGGGCAGGAAGUGGUGUGUUUAGCUGAAGGCAAUGCAGGAGACACGGGCACCGCCAUAAUAUGGGCUCAGAAAUUAGAUCUUUUCACAGAUGCUGCUGAGACUGAAAAAAUGGCCCUGAGUCUGGAAGAUUCUGAAGGGGUUUAUUUUGUUCCAUCGUUUAAUGGAUUACAGGCCCCAUUAAAUGAUCCCUGUGCAUGUGCCUCUUUUAUGGGAUUGAAACAUUCCACCAGUAAAUACCAUCUCGUCCGAGCAAUCCUGGAGUCAAUCGCUUUCAGGAACAAACAGUUAUACGACAUGAUGCAGAAGGAAAUCCGGAUCCCAGUCACGAAUAUCCGAGCGGACGGAGGAGUCUGUAACAACGGUUUUGUUAUGCAGAUGACUUCAGACUUGAUUAAUGAGAGGAUAGACAGACCAGCCCACUUCGACAUGUCCUGCUUAGGCGCGGCCACCCUGGCCGGCCUUGCUGUUGGAUUUUGGGCGGACAAGGAGGAGCUCCAGAAGCUUCGGCAGAGCGAAAUGGUUUUCAAGCCCCAGAAGAAGUGGCAGGAAUAUGAAGUAAAUAUGGAGAACUGGGUGAAAGCCGUGAAACGCUCCAUGAAUUGGUAUAACAAGACCUAACGCUGAGGAGCCGACAAAAACCCCACACGACAGGCUGACAGACGGACAGAUGGGAGCUCAGGGAUGGCCGACAGGACCCUGGCUGAGAGGAGACCAUCCAAAUGAGCCUCAUGAGGAGAGAAGUGUUGCUCUUUUUAAAAACUCACCAAGAAAAUUUUCUUACUUUUUAAAUCCAGAUCUUAGUGACAUUUUAAGGCAGCAAUGAUACCUCAAAAUUGUGUCUUCUUUCUUCUAGCAACUUCCAAAGGACAUUUCCACUCCCAACUGCAUUUUGAUAGUUAUGAGUCCUGCUCUUUUCUAUACAGGGUCAAUGGCACAUGGGUCGUAGUUCCUCACCCUCAGAGAGCCAUCAUGUUGUUAAAAGUUAUGAAAAAAUUUUCUUGUUUAAAAUCAAGUGGGCUACUUGAAAUUCAUAUAGCUAAAAAAGGAAUAAUUGAGAAAACAAAACGUUUUUUUGUACAAAGCCAUAAUUUUUAAGUAACAUAUCCAAAUCUGAGCUUUGUGCCACUCUGAAGUGAGCUCAGUGGUCAGCGCUUUCCUUCCUUGUGUGUAAAGACACUCCCUUAAUUCUUCCUGCACAGCCUCUGUUAUUGUUACUAAGGUAUAGUGUCCCUGUAUAGCCCAAGCUAGCUUGAAACUUCAGAUUCUCCUGCCUCAGCCUCUCAGGUCCUGGAACUCUACGUGUGCACCAUGAUGCCUAGGUGAGCACUCAUCCAUGGAGGAACGGAUUUUAGUUAGUGGACUGAAAAGGCUGUUUGUGAAUCCGGGACUUUAGAGGCUGAAGGCGGAGGAGUAUGAAGAGGGAGGACUGUGAGCUUGAAGCCUGUCCAGACAAUGUGGGGAGUUCUAGGCAGUCUGGGGGACAUAGUGAGGCCCUGUCUUUAAAAAAACAACAACAACAACAACAAAAAAAAAAACCUUCCGUUUUAUUUUGUUUGGAGAAACAUCUGCUGUCUAACUCAUGCUGGUUUCUAACUCUUGAGCCUUUUGCCUUAGUCUCCAGAGUAACAUUCUAUUUUUAUAAAAUGCAGGUCGUUCUUUAUAUUUCUUUAUUUGUUGAAAUGCUUGCAUAAAUGUCCCUUUUUAAAAAGUGCCUACUUGACAAAGUUUAAAUUAUUAAUAUUAGGUUUUUGUUGUUGUCUUGUUUUUGUUUUUGUUUUG